AUGUCGAAGAAUAAGGUUCCAAGUCAAGCUUUGAGUGCGUUACAAGAUCGAUCCCUUCAGACGAAAAGAUAUAACAAAUCGUCAAGUGCAAAUGUAGCAGAGACUGUUGAAACGGGUCUUCGCACUGCUUCUGGAUCGCACACAAUACAAGUGACUGUCGGUGGCCAGCGCCUUGAAUUGAUCGUUGAUACGGGUAGUGGGAAGACAGCAUUUGUUUGUGUUGGUUGUAAUCAAUGUGGUAUUGAACGAAAGCACCAUCCAUUUGUCUUUUCAGAGAACACGACGUAUUUAACUUGUGAUCAUUCGAUGACUACUCCAACAAAUGACAAUGAACCAUCGUGUGAAGGGUGUGAAAACAACAAAUGCAUGUACGGCCAAUCAUAUGUUGAGGGGGAUCGCUGGAUAGCGUACAAGGCUUCUGACAUUAUGGAGCUUUCUUCUUCAUUUCGAGCACGAAUUGAAUUUGGUUGUAUCUAUCAGCAAUCUGGUGUGUUUCUAGAACAGCCUUCGGACGGCAUAAUGGGCUUUUCGCGACAUCCGGAUUCAAUACAUGAACAAUUUUAUCGACAACAAAUUACUCGUUCACGCAUUUUCUCGCAAUGUCUAGCUGCAAAUGGCGGGUUGCUUACAAUCGGUGGAGUGGAUCUAACUCACCAUACAAAAUUGGUGCGCUACACCCCACUUCGAAGUACUGGGUAUCAGUACUGGACUGUGACCUUGCUUGCUGUAUCGAUUGGUAAUGCUAGUAAUAUUGUGCGUGUGGACAAUGAAGAGUACAAUGCAGAUCGUGGAUGUGUACUUGACAGUGGAACAACCUAUUUGUACAUGCCUGAAAGUGUCAAGAAACCAUUCCAACUCGCAUGGUUCCGAGCUGUUGGGAGUUUCUUACAUGUACCUUUGAGCGAUACAUUCUACACUUUGACUACUGAUGAAGUUGCAGCAUUUCCAGAUAUUUGCUUCUGGUUUAUGAAUGAUGCGCACAUUUGCCUUCCAUCAAGCCGCUACUUUACUAAAAUUGGGGACGAUACCUUCACAGGCACCGUGUUUUUUACUUCAGGACCAAAAACAACCAUAUUAGGAGCUAGCGUGCUAGAAGGUCACGAUAUCAUUUACGACACCGACAAUCAUCGUGUGGGAAUGGCUGAGGCCAUGUGUGAUCAAUCUCUUCAAGCUGAGGUUGAGCUCAGUCUUGAUCCUGGUGGGGACAAGUUCCCAACAAACUUUGAUUACUCGCAAGUCCCUGAGUGGAUACUUGGUUGUGUCAUUUUUUUGGCUAUAGCUGGUCUGAUAAAUGUGAUUUGGGUCGCAGCUGCAAUCAACAACGAACCUCUGGAAAAUGCCAAUAAAAGUAGUACAGUCGAUAUAUGCUGCGAUUCGAGCGAGGACUUUUCCUUUUUCCUCAUGGAUGAACGCGACUAA